AUGGAGAAACCUGUUCAACCUGUUAUUUUGGAUUCAACUCCAGAAAUUAUGGAGUUUGAUACAGCCUUUAGUCUUCACGAUAUUAAGUUGGUGAAAUCCAAGAUACUUCUUACCAGAAAAGAAAUUAUGCAUAAUAUAAAAGACUUGAAAGUGAAACUUAGAGGAAGCUCAUUGCAACUCGCUGGAGAUUUACGUCUCGAAUUAGAAGAAAUGUCUGUUCCCAACUUAACAUGGAAGGACCUAAUUGCCAGUAAAGUAAUAAGUGAUGAUUCUGAGUUGGUACAAAAAUUAACAGGACAAGCACAUCAGAAUUCAUGA